AUGACAUGGGUCCUAAAACCCUCAACCUAUCGCAAAAAAACUUCCGACUUUGAUGAAAAUGCCAACAAAACAGAGACGAAUGAGGAUAUUAAUCGACUGCAGCUUAUAUCCUCGUCAGAUCAUGGCAACCACAUAUUGCCUAUGUCGGAGCACGAAACCACUGUGUUCUCGAGAGUGUCGCCGGUCAGAGGACAAUGUCUGAUUAUUCAGGGACUUCCCGAAUCCACAGCUGGUGCCUCCAAAGAGCGGGUCUCGGCAGCCCUGAAACUCUUCCAAUGCCUACUCAACGAACUUCUGCGCCCCAAUGAGGAAGUUUCGGUUCUCAAGGCCUUUAGGCUUGGAAAGCGCUCAAUCGAUAUAUCAGAGCACUCACGUCCCCGACCACUCAAGAUUGUGUUAGCCAACCAAGAACAAGUAGGACUUAUUCUCUCACGACGUUUCCGAAUCAAAGACACCAACCGCGGCGUUUUUUUUCAGCCGGACAACACACCGGCAGAGAGAAUAAAACGUCGACAAUUAGUUCUGGAACUGAGAACAAGGUUGCAGAAUGGCGAGACGGAUCUUGUGAUCUACAACAACCAGAUAGUGCAGCGCCCUCCCCUAAUCCGUUGGACCGAACCGAUCCGGAUGAGGGCACAGUAGCUUCCUUAAAUGGGAUCACAAGCGGCACCAUAAUCAAACGCCCCAAAACUCUGAAACUAACAUUUUUUUACACCAACGUGCAGAGUAUAUUGCCCAAGUUAGACGAACUGAAGAUCCACAUCUGUGACCUUUCCCCUGACAUUGUCUCUUUGACAGAAACCUGGCUGUCUGAAAACGUGGAUGACCGCGAAUUAAUGCUACCAGGAUUUCAGCUGUUUCGAAGAGACAGGAGAGAGCGUCAGGGAGGAGGAGUCGUCACGUACGUAAAACACGGCCUGCUUGUGUCAGAAAAAACAGAACAGUUUGCCUGCAGCACCGAGACUAUCUGGCUCAAUAUAAGGGUACCAGGAUCACAUAGCCUUGAAGUUCUGACCGUCUAUCGACCACCGAGGAGUGACCCCGAGGCUGACGCUCGUCUGUUAGAGGAGCUAGGACGAUUUGCUCUCCGGCCUGACGUCCUAAUCAUGGGCGACUUCAAUGCACCGCUCAUUGAUUGGAGUUCACUAUACGCGCGCGGCCCAGAACUAGCUUUCGACCGAGGCUUCUUGGACUUGGCACUCAGGUCAUUUCUCACACAGCACGUCCUAUUUCCCACGAGGGUCCGUGAGGGGCAGCAGUCAAACUGCUUGGACCUGGUGCUCACGAAAUCGAUGGACAGCAUAGAUGAGGUACAAUGUCUGCCUCCCUUAGGUCGAAGCGAUCACGUUGUACUUCAAUGGGACUAUUCAAUCUUUUCCGUGCCUGAACAGCCCACCAAAAUUAGAAGAAAUAUUUGGCGUGGGGACUUCGAUCAAAUGAAGGCCGAAAUCAACAAUACGGACUGGGAAUCAGCGUUUUCCGGAAAUAUAGAGGAGGAUUGGAAAUGGUUCAGUGAAUUAUUGCAUGCUCUCCUGACAAACCACUGCCCGCUUUCACGGAAGGGGCUAAACAAACGACCCCGGUGGCUGACCCAGGCGUUAAAAAAGGAAAUAAAUAAAAAACGGAGAUUGUGGCAGAAAUCUCUUACUGAUGGGACUCCAUUAUCCAUAAACGCAUACAAAAUACAGAGGAACUUAGUCAAGCGGCUGACCCUCAGGACACGGCAAAAUUUUGAAAAAGACCUAUUGAAUCGUGCUAUGGAAAAUCCAAAAUUAUUCUACAGCUACAUAAGAAGCAGCACACGAAACAGAGAUUCAAUCCCCCUCCUGAAGGCUAGCGGAGACGUAGAGAUUAGUGAGGAUGGAGAAAAAGCUGAGCACUUUUCACAAUUUUUCAAAUCCAUCUUUACUAGUGAAAGUCCAUUUACUCCCCACGACUACGACUUCGAUGAGGGUCCAAAAAUCGAGUCUGUGUCUUUUGAUGAAGCGACGGUUCGCAAAGAGCUAAUGACGCUAAAUGAGUCGAAAUCACCAGGUCCAGACGACAUACCGCCUAAGUUACUGAAGGAGCUCGCUGCCGAACUAGCCAAACCAUUGUCCAUGCUUUUCCAAGCCUCGUUCUAA